CUAUUCCACACCAACCCAGCAUGCUGCGGCAACAAUUCAUCCGGUCGUUGAAGAGGCCCGCGAGUCGGCUCGCAGGCUUCAAUGGCAGCCGGGCCUUUGCUGCCACUGCUAACCGACUCGCAGAGGUUGAGCUCACUAUUGAUGGAAAGAAGGUAUCAAUUGAAGCCGGCUCGGCUCUCAUCCAAGCGUGCGAGAAAGCCGGAAGUACGGUGCCGCGAUACUGUUAUCACGAGAAAUUGAUGAUUGCCGGAAAUUGCCGUAUGUGUCUGGUCGAGGUGGAGCGGGCUCCAAAGCCUGUGGCAUCAUGCGCCUGGCCCGUACAGCCGGGGAUGGUGGUUAAGACGGACUCGCCGCUUGUGCACAAGGCGCGAGAGGGUGUGAUGGAGUUCUUGUUGGCCAACCAUCCCUUGGACUGCCCAAUCUGCGACCAGGGAGGCGAGUGCGAUUUGCAGGAUCAGUCAAUGCGAUAUGGCGCAGACCGAGGCCGGUUUCAUGAGAUGGGGGGCAAGCGUGCGGUUGAGGACAAGAACAUCGGGCCCUUGGUCAAGACUUCAAUGAACAGGUGUAUUCACUGCACACGAUGCGUCCGGUUCGCCAACGACGUUGCCGGCGCUCCUGAAUUCGGCUCUACGGGACGUGGCAACGACCUCCAAAUUGGCACCUACCUCGAGCGGGCCCUCGACACUGAGCUGUCCGGAAACGUAAUAGACCUUUGCCCCGUUGGUGCUCUAACAUCAAAGCCUUAUGCAUUCAAAGCUCGUCCGUGGGAGCUGUAUCACACCGAAUCAAUAGAUGUCCUGGAUGGUUUAGGUUCAAACAUCAGGAUAGAUGCCCGAGGUAUCCAGGUCAUGAGAAUUCUGCCCCGAUUGAACGAUGACAUCAAUGAGGAAUGGAUUAACGACAAGACUCGUUUCGCUUGUGAUGCGCUCAGCACCCAGCGUCUUGUGAACCCACUCAUCCGUGCAGAGGAUCAGUUCCAGCCAGCUUCAUGGGAACAGGCCCUCGUGGAGAUUGGUAAUGCUUACAAGAGGAUAGCACCCAAGGGUGACGAAUUCAAGGUUAUUGCCGGUCAUUUGGUAGAGGCUGAAACUUUGGUUGCCAUGAAGGACCUUGCCAACAAGCUGGGAUCCGAGAAUUUAGCCUUGGACCAACCCGGCGGUAGCGAGCCCAUUGCUCAUGGUAUUGACGUCCGUUCAAACUACCAAUUCAACUCUAAAAUAUAUGGUGUGGAGGAGGCGGAUGCCAUUCUACUUAUUGGCACCAACCCACGACACGAAGCUGCUGUCCUAAACGCUAGAAUCCGGAAGCAAUGGCUAAGGUCCGAUCUCGAGAUUGGCCUUGUUGGUGAAGACUUCCAGAGCACAUUUGAGUACGAGAAGUUAGGAUCUUCCGCGACUGACCUAAAGACGGCUCUUGCGGGUCCUUUCGGCAAGAAACUGCAAGCAGCAAAGAAACCGAUGAUCGUUGUUGGCAGCGGUGUUACGGAACAUGGUGAUGCUAAAUCUAUCUACGAGCAGGUUGGGUCUUUCAUUGAAAAGCAUAAGGCGAACUUCCAGACACCUGAAUGGAACGGCUACAAUGUCCUCCAGCGAACCGCGUCAAGAACAGGUGCUUACGACGUUGGAUUCACAGUCCCAUCACAGACCGUUGCGAAUACUACGCCAAAGUUUAUCUGGCUGCUCGGUGCCGAUGAAGUCAACGAAGCAGAAUUGCCAAAGGGUGCCUUCAUCGUCUACCAGGGCCAUCAUGGCGAUCGAGGCGCACAACUCGCCGACGUCGUUCUCCCUGGUGCAGCAUACACGGAAAAGGGUGUCACAUUCGUCAACACCGAAGGACGAGUGCAGAUGACGCGCAAUGCCGUCAGCCUCCCUGGCGCAUCAAGAGAAGACUGGAAAAUCAUCCGCGCAGCAUCAGAGUAUCUUGGUGCCGAACUGCCGUACGAUGAUGUAGAGCAACUUCGAGACCGCAUGGAGGAAAUUUCUCCAGCGCUCAGGCGAUACGAUGUAGUGGAGCCGGUAGCUUUGCCAGGCCUGAGCAAGGUACAGUUGGUCGAUCAAAACAAAGGCGCCAAACCCAGCUCAACGCCCUUGAAGAAGGUCAUUGAGGACUUCUACUUCACGGAUUCGAUUUCGAGAAAUUCACCAACAAUGGCCCGCUGUUCAGCAGCAAAGGCAGCGAAUAACCCCGAGACCAACUUCAUGGCACCUGGGGAACCAAAUCCUCAGGUGGGAUAUGGUCCAGAUUCGUCGUCGGCGACUUUGGCUGCAACAUAAAAUGAGUUGUAGAACUUGGAUGGGGGCCAGAAUUGUACAUAGGCGUGCGCUUUUCAUCGUUUUGAACUUUAGCUGGCAUGAGGAGGUAGAUGUAAAAGAUUCACAACACUAGUGUCGAUUUCAAUUCUUUCAUCUCCGAUUUCUGUGAGAAGGGUGAUUUGUGAUAUGUGUAAGGAUGCAAUAUAGCGGGAUACUUGUUAGUCUUGCUCGUCC